AUGACGGACGAAAGCUCAGCACGGAGUCUUUGGGGUCGUAUGACUGUGAGCCGAAAUCUACUUGGCAGGAUUCAACAGAUGAAUGUCAAAGACAAUCCUCCUUCGGUAUCCGGUGAGGCCAAUCUACGAAUUCCUUCAAAGGAAAUGAAAGAUAUGCCAGUUAACACAGCCUCUUCCUCCAAAGCGAAUGCAGUUGGAUUUGUGAGUCAUCUGGGCAAAUCUCCAUCGUUUCGUCAGAAGAAAUCGCCCACCCCCACGCCCACUAACGGAGGCGGCCAUGCCAACCAAGAGCCCAACAAACCAAGCGGUUCGUCCAGCCUCGGUCGGUCGGUCAGUAGCGUUAGUGCCUCGAGCGUGCUUAUGCACGCCAAUCACCAUCCCUUGGCUUCACAAACGCCCUUACAGGGCGCUUGCCGGGAGUGGCGGUGGCGUGUCUCCGCCCCAUCAGCUGCUGCUUCACUUGCACCUCACCGGCAGCCAUAA